AUGUCUAUCGUAUGGUUUGAUAGCAUAAGUCGUCAGCGUAAUCCAUGCAAGAGGCCUAGUGAAAACAAUAAUUUUUGUAACAAAAAACGGAAGAAUUACAGGCAUACACCUAUAUCUAAGAAAUCUCAGAUAAUUCAAUCAUCUGGCCCUAACAGUGCUACUCAUAGUCCUUACGUCGUAGCUCCAUCUAUCCAAAAAUUACGUGAGAAUAUUUUGAGUGCCUAUGUAGUUAAAGAAACAGAGAUGAUAGCAUUUUUUCAUUUGCUGGAGGAUACCACAAUUAAAAAGUUUCUUGCAUUCGACAUGUGCUUCAAAUAUGCGGACAAUUUUGCGAUUGCGUAUGUGUUCGCCUAUUUUAAAAGAUGUAAUCUUUCAAUUCAAGAAUAUAAUCGAAUGAAUUUUUUUUGCUGUCUGUAUCUUGUGCAUGAUAUAGAAGAAGAUGAUGGGGAUCACAAAUAUGAAAUUCUUCCAUGGGCUCUUGGUUCAUUUUGGCAACAGAAAAUGUCGAGCUUUUCUCGACAGAAAGAGGCUUUAUGGGCUAGAAUGGAUUAUCGAGCUGUGGUUAGCUAUAGGUGCUGCAAAGAACUAAUGAGUAUUUUUCCAUCACAUCCUGUAUGGGGCCGAAACAGACUUCCACAUCAUGGAGGAGCUAUUCGAGCUUAUCUAAAGCCCACUGACUCAAAUAUUCCGCAGGGUCCGAAGUCUCUUCCAAGACUAUGUGAUGCCUGUAAACUGUUCUAUGCAAGAGACACUGUUCCUAAAUGUUUAAUUGCAAGUGAAAACUUCCUUACCCCAGAAAAUUCCCCAAACCUAAAUGAUUCAGCUUUCCAUAGUCUAUUUGAAGACGAUUCGUUCAGCAGCUUUAGAAACGAGAAUGGAUCAAACAUGAAUACUGGGUUUCAAUCAUAUAAUUCAUGCUGUAAUGAAAGUUGGCUUUCUCAAGAAACGUACUGUUAUGAGAGAACCAUUUCUGGUAUUGAAAACGAAUAUUGUCUUAUAGAUGAAGAAUAA